AUGUCCGUGUUUACGUUUAUAUCUCGUUCUCUCCCUCCAUUAACGAACAUACCUCGGGACACAUCGAAUUUCUGUAUUAGCUACAAGCUUUUGCGUUUGUACGGUCUUAUCUUCUCUGACUCCACUGGUGUAUAUGCAUUCGGACCUGAAGUGCUGAGAUCUCUACGCAAGUUGGAAAAUUUGGUCGAGAAUCAGAUGUCGAAUUUGGGAGCUCAGCGGUUGUUGCUCCCAACAUUAGGUCCCAGGCAUAUUUGGGAAAAGUCUGGUCGUUGGUCAACCAUGCAGAGUAGCUUAUUCAAAAUCAAAGACAGAUUGUCACAUGAGUAUUGCCUACAACCAACUCAUGAAGAGUGUAUAACUAAUUUCGUCGCCAGUCUAAAUUUGUCGUAUAAAUCCCUCCCCAUUUUAUUGUAUCAGAUAACCAGCAAAUUUCGUGAUGAGCCUCAUCCUAAACAUGGUCUAGUAAGGGGGCGUGAGUUCUUAAUGCAAGACCUUUACACAUUUGAUGCUUCUGCCGAAACAUCUGAGAAGACGUAUGAAUGUGUGAAGACCUCAUAUGCUGAGCUGAUGAAUAAACUUGAGUUGCCAUAUGUGGUUGCUUGUGCAGAUCCAGGCCAUGUUGGAGGUCUCAUUUCCGAAGAAUUCCAUGUCCCAGCUGUUGUAGGAGAAGAUACGAUAUUAAUGUGCUCAGAAUGCUCUUUGAAAUUCAAUUCCGAACUUGAAGGUGAAAAUAUCAGAUCCCGGUGUUCCUUACAAUCUUGCCCGAAAUUAUUCCAUGAAGUUCAAGGUGUAGAAGUCGCGCACUGCUUUUUAUUGGGUGAACGAUAUUCAAAGUGCUUUGACGCCACUUAUCGAUCCAUUACAGGCUCAAAGUUUUUUUUCAUGGGUUGCUAUGGUCUUGGGAUGUCACGUUUACUUGCCGUCUGCAUCGAACAUCUGACAAGAGUUUCAUUUCCUGACAAGUCUAAAGAUCAGAUCACACAGCUCCGAUGGCCUGUACGAAUCGCACCAUAUAGCGGAGCGGUUGUUCUCCAAAAGGAAGGAGCCAAAGAUAGUCUGAACUCCGAUGAACUGAAAUCUAUCCUCGACACCAUUCAAAGUGAUCCCAUCAACUUCAAAAUACCUGGUGACAUUUUGGUAGAUGACCGCAAAGAAUUAAGCUUGGGUAGGAAAAUUUUGGACCUAAGCCGCUUGGGAGUACCCUGGAUACUUAUUGGCAAGAGUCAAGCAAAUGGUACAUAUGAAUUGAUAGAUGUUUAUAAAGACAGAUCAUGUGUAGCGACACUAGAACAAGUCAAAUCUGUACUAAGUAAUCCUGCAGAAUUUGAUGCAUCAUGCCUCCCUUCUUGGAAUUACCAACGAAAUUAUACGUGUAAUGUAAAAGAAGAAAACAAAUUCAUUUAA